GCUGCUGCUGCUGCUGCGCUGACUCAACUCAUCCUAUUUUAAACAAAUGACGCUCAAUGCAUUUGUCGCUUUCCUGCAGGGGAGGCGAAAAAAAAAUAAUAAUAGCGUGUAAGUGGUCAUCUCCCGAGCGCAGGCUCCACUUCAUAGCCUAUAACAUCGGUUAUUUUAGAUGACAUCCCUCCUAAUCCCCCUUGACAGGCAUGCGCCAUCUCCAUCCCGAUUGUUGGGUGAAAAAGUGGGCAGUUCAGGAUUUCAUAUCUGGCUUCACUUUCUCUCAACUCCCUCCUUUCUCUCCGAGCUUCGGAGUCGGUCGGACAGCAAUCACAGGUCCCUCAUACCUGCACAGAGCCUCGCAGAGUCGCUUCCCACCCCGAAACAGGACAGUCGCACUGCAGCAAGCUGAGAGGAGCUGACGGAAAAUAGUUUGUUUUUUCAGCCAAGAAGUCAGUCCAUCCUGCAUCAGCUGACAUGCUGCUGAGAAGAAACCGACAUCUCCAAGUACUUCCGCUUCUCAUCGCAGUCUGUCGUCUCACGCUGGCCUUCCCCACCCAAACUCCAUCAGCUUUUGAUGACAUCUGGCAGCUCCAGGUGAACAUCCCCCACUCAGGCCCGGUUUCCGCCCCACUGGGCAGCUCCAUCUCCAUCCCCUGCUUUGUAUCUCUCUCCUCUAUGCCCUCCUCCUCCUCCUCCCCUGUUGCACCAAGGGUCAAGUGGACUGUGGUGUCUGGUGGGGUGGAGACGCAGAUCUUGGUGGCACGGGGUCAAAGAGUGAAGAUAAAUGAGGCAUAUCGGGACCGCGCUGCCUGCCUCAACUAUACUUCCUCUCCUGAUGAUCUGUCACUGUGGUUGGGAGAUUUACGCUCUAGUGACUCGGGUCAUUAUCGCUGCGAGGUGCAGCAGGGCCUGGAGGAUGCCAGUGACCUCAUACAACUCAAGGUUAAAGGGGUUGUGUUCCACUAUAGAGAUACUUCGGGCCGAUAUGCGUUUUCCUUCCAUCAGGCCCAGAAAGCUUGUGGGGACAUUGGUGCACAAAUUGCCACUCCUGACCAGCUGUUGGCAGCUUAUAAUAACGGCUAUGAGCAGUGUGAUGCAGGCUGGCUGGCAGACCAGUCUGUCAGGUACCCAAUCCAAGUGCCCCGUGAAGGCUGUUUUGGGGACAUGGAGGGCCAACCAGGAGUGAGAAACUAUGGGACAAUGGAUCCAGAUGAUCUGUAUGAUGUCUAUUGUUAUAUGGAAGAAAUGGAUGGGGAGGUGUUUCACGACUCCAUCCCACAGCAGUUGACGUUCAGUGAGGCGCAGUCAUACUGCAGAGCAGCAGGAGCAGAGCUGGCUACAACAGCACAACUGUAUUUGGCAUGGAGUGAAGGUCUGGACCGCUGCAGCCCUGGCUGGCUGUCUGAUGGCAGUGUCCGAUAUCCCAUCAUAACCCCAAGGGAGCGCUGUGGAGGGCCUCAGGCAGGUGUCAAGACCCUCUACCGCUUCACCAACCAAACUGGCUUCCCAAAUCCAUCCAGCCUUCAUGACGUUUAUUGUUUCAAAGAUAAUAGAAAUGCUCAUACCGACUCUCCCAUGGACCAUAUGGCCACAGAGAAUGAAGACAUUGGACAAGAUGUUGUUAUUCUUACGGAAACAGAUCAAGAGCUGCAACUGAACCAACAUGCAGAACAGGUGGAGCUCAAAGCUCAAAGGGUGGUUGAAUCUUUUCCCCUUUUCUCCAGCCCCUCCACUGAAGAGAGUCUGGUUGACACACAUCUAACAGUUUUAUCAGACACGACGGAGUCCUCCCUCAACACCACACCUACACUGGACCUCCUUCAGGCAAUGAAUGAAACUUCAUCUCCUACAGAAAUGAGCUCCCAGCAUCCUACAGCAUUGAUGAACAGCACCAUCAGUCCCAUAGAAAAUGAUUCCUCCCAAAACACAUCAUUACUGCCCAGUGUUUACAGCGAGACAGAUUCCUUCAACAACGUAAACUUCACCUUUCACCAGUCUGAGCCUGAAACCACCACAGGGUUUCCCAAAUCAUCAUUUGAACCUCACACACAUAACCAGACAGAAUCUGAAAAAAAUCUUGAAGAGAAUACACAACCAUCCGAGAGAAAAAAUGAAUACAAAGAAAUACAAGAGAACAACUUGAAUUUAAACAGAUCACAAGCCAAUUACAGUGAGAUAGACAGCAAUCAUACUCAAGAGGAGAGUUCAUGGGAGGUGACCCUUCAUCCCGUGGUUCAGGUGGAGUUGGAGGAAACAUCAGUCAGAGAUACAGUGCAGAUGUCUCUCUCAACUCAUGCCUCAAACGAAGAUGAGGAACUUGUUACACAGCCAGCACAAACUACAAAAUCUUCUAUCAAGGAGAUAACCUCAUCGUGGACACCUCAGGAUGGGUCUGGUGAUAUUUCUCAAGAGAGUGACCUUGACAUCGAUCAAGUCAGCUUCAUCUCCACACCAGAGUCUCCCACUUCCAGCUUCACCACUCAGCCACCACAUUCUGCUUCCGCUGGUUUUGCUCCAGCUGAAUCUCAGACUGCACUACCUGAUCUGACACUUUCGACUGGAUCACACUAUUCUGACAAGCCAGGCUUGGAUAUCCUCUACACUGCACCACAGCUGUGGGAGACCUCCAUUUCAAGACAGGAGGGAAGUACAAGCUUAGAAGUUGAAGACUCAAUCACUGUGGAAAAUGGGGAAAUACAACUGCACACAACAAACUCUGAAGAAAACAUUGUUUCUAGAGUAAGUCUAGCUACCACUGAGUCUCCAGAGGGGUUGAACACCUCUCAGUUGCCUACUGAUGCCACUGCAGCAUGGUAUGGAACAUCAGGUUACAGGGUGUAUUUGGAUACUGUGACCACUAGAUAUGAAGAGGCAAGUGGACAUGAACCUGAAGAAGAUGUUAAAGUUGCUUCAACCGUUACAGAGAAUAUUAAUGUUAGCAGAAUCAGUGAAGAGGAAAAUAAAGUUAACCUAAAUCUUGAAGAGGAAGUUGCAGUUACCCCAACUCUUGAAGAAGAAAUGAAAGUUUCUCCAACACUUGAAGAGAAAGUUGAAAUUUCCUUUUCACUGGAAGAGGAAGUUAUCAUUGCCCCAACACUUUCCCUUGAGGAAGAAGCUAAUGCUGCCCCUACCCCUGAAGAACAGGCUAACUUUGGCCCAACCCUCGAAGAAGAGGCUACAGUUGUCUCAACCUUGUCUCAAGCCCCUGAAAAAGUAGCUGAUAUUACUCCAACUCUAGUCAUUGAAGAAGAUGCUAACUUUUCCCCAACAUCUGAAGAAGUUACCACUGGCCCAUCCAAUGAAGAAGAAGCCAACAUUGUCCCAACCCUUGCCCUUGAGGAAGAAACUAAUAUUGCCCCAUCUCUUGCCGCUGUAGAAGCAGCUGACUUUGCCCAAACCACUGAAGAAGCUAAUGUUGCCCCAGCCCUUGCCCUUGAAGAAGGAACUGACUUUGUCCCGGAUCUUGAAGAGGAAGCUAGUGCUGCCCCAAUCUCUGAAGAGGCUAAUAUUGCCCCAUCCCAUGAAGUACAAGAAGAAGAAGAAGAAGCUUAUAUUGCCCCUACCCAUCAAGAGGAAACUAGCAUUGCCCCAACCCUUGUAGAAGAAGCUAUUGUUGGCCCAAACCCUGAAGAGGCUAAUGUUGCCCCAUCCCAUGAAGUACAAGAUGAAGAAGAAGAGGAAGCUUACAUUGCCCCUGCCCUUCAAGAGGAAAAUAGUGUUGCCCCAGCCCUUGUAGAAGAAGCUACUGUUGGCCCAAACCCUGAAGAGGCUAAUGUUGCCCCAUCCCGUGAAGUUCAAGAAGAAGAAGAAGAAGAUGAAGAAGAGGAAGCUUACAUUGCCCCUGCCCUUCAAGAGGAAACUAGUGUUGGCCCAACCCUUGUAGAAGAAGCUAAUGUUGGCCCAAACCCUGAAGAGGCUAAUGUUGCCCCAUCCAAUACAAUAGUAGAAGAAGAAGCUUACAUUUCCCCUACCCUUCAAGAGGAAACUAGUGUUGCCCCAGCCCUUGUAGAAGAAGCUAGUGUUCGCCUAAACACUGAAGAGACUAAUGUUGCCCCAUCCCAUGAAGUACAUGAUGAAGAAGAUGAGGAAGCUUACAUUGCCCCUACCCAUCAAGGGGGGCUUAAUGUUGCCUCAACCCUUAUGGAGGAAGUUAGUGUUGGCCCAAACCCCAAAGAGGCUAAUGUUGCCCCAGCCCAUGAAGAAGAAGAAGCUAACACUGAACCAACCCUAGAAGAAGAAGCUAACAUCGCUUCAAGCUUUGAGGAGGAUUUUACGGUCUUUCCUCACAAUUCACAAACAUCUAACUUGGUCAAAACUGGACCCCAGGAGUCUCUGAAUAAUCUAGAGUACAGCAGAGGAACCUCACCCAUCACCUCCACAGCAGCUCCAGAUUCAUUCUUGAGUACAAAACCCACUGCUGCUACCAUGAAGACGACUACCACUUCCAUCACAACCACCACACACUGGUCCAAACGCACCUGGAGCCCAAUCACCUCAACACCAAAGGUUUUCCACAAGACAACUGAGCCCCAGAAGGUGACAGCCUUCAUACCCCCUGUGGAUCAAGGUCUGGUGGAUGUUGAGUUUAGUCUCACCCAGCCGCCCACCCUGCUUAUCUUGCCCAAUGAGAGGGCAGCUGUAGGCGGUACAGGGAAAGCUUCAGAUGUCUGUGCGGACGAUCCUUGUCUCAAUGGAGGCACUUGCACUGACCGGGACGGGCAGAUUAAAUGUCUCUGUUUGCCAACAUACGGAGGAGACUUCUGUCAGACCGACGUGGAGCAAUGUGAGCCAGGUUGGGAUAAGUUCCAGGGUUUCUGCUACCGACACUUCGGCCAGCGCCUGAGCUGGGAGGUCGCCGAGCAGCACUGUCGCAUGCUGGGAGCUCAUCUGGUGUCCAUCAUGACCCCGGAGGAGCAGACUUACAUCAACAGCAACUACAAAGAAUACCAGUGGACUGGUUUGAACGAUAAGACCAUUGAAGAUGAUUUCCGCUGGUCUGAUGGCAACCCGCUGCUGUAUGAGAACUGGUACCGAGGGCAACCAGACAGCUAUUUUCUGUCUGGUGAAGACUGUGUUGUGAUGGUGUGGCACGACGACGGACGCUGGAGUGAUGUGCCCUGCAACUAUCAUCUUGCAUACACCUGCAAGAAAGGCACCUCCUCUUGCGGUCCACCACCCAGAGUCCGAAACACCUCCAUAUUUGGAAAAGUGCGACAGAGAUAUGAGACCAAUGCAGUUGUGCGUUAUCACUGUGCUCAGGGUUUCCAGCAGAGACUAAAUCCUCUGAUCAGAUGUCUGUCUGGAGGAAGGUGGGAGAGGCCCCAGAUCCUGUGCGUCCCUGAGGCUGGUGGUCCAACCCAGCACCCAGAAGUGACCAACAACAACUUUGCCGCCACCGAAGACAAGUUGGAAGCCACUCAAGAGAAACCGCAGUACUGGGACAUUAAAUUUUAAAAGUCAGCCAUGCUUUCCUUGUCUUCUCUGCUAAAUUCUGCUGUUGUAUCAUGACGAGGUGGCUAGAAUGAAACGCUUUUACCAAUGAACACUCAAACAGGACAAAAUGAACCGCAGAUGCAUAAAGACACAAAGUUUUCCCCUCAGUCGAGAAUCCUGAGUGCACAGAUAGGCUUUGUUUUCAUUUGAGAGAGUUAAGUGUUCAUUUUAUUUGAUGUCAUUUAAAAUAUUUCCACUGUAUUUUUGAGAUUUCAAGAGUUUAGUGUAGUGACUGGCAGAGUGAAAAAAGAGGUUAAAGUUAUUAGUUGAUAAGGCCUUUUUAUGAAAAAGAAAUACGGCAAAUUGUCCACUCUAGAUCUGCAUUACAGUAAGGAACUGUUGUCUUUGUGGUUCUUUUAUAUAAAAUGGUGCUAAUGUCUUCAAUACCUUCUUAU